CAGAUAGCGGAGCAGUGGUGAGAAGAGGACGAGCUGACAACGAGGUGAGGGGUUGUUCUGGAAAGGUGUUGAGCUAUUGUGACUACAGGCGGAGAGCGAGGACACCUGCAGACAGACAGACAAACAGACAGGAGGACAGACAGGCAGAUUUUGACACCGAGCCAUGGUGAAGAUCAGCUUCCAGUCUGUCGCGGGACAGAAAGUGGAGAAGGAGAAUGAUGGCGACAAGACCGAAAUCCUCAUUCCUCAUCCAGUGGAUGAGGAUGAGCUGGUCCUGCCGCUCCGGCCCAAAAAGUCCCCCCUGAACGGCCUGUGCUGCCUGACAUUCGGCCUUGUUGUGUUCAUGGCUGGUCUGGUCCUUGCCUCCAUUUAUGUCUACCACUACUACUUUAUACCUCAUAUCCCCGAGGAGAACCUUUUCCACUGCAGGGUGCGGUACGAGGACUCUGUGUACGCCCCCCUGCGUGGGCGUCAGGAGCUGGAGGAGAACGUUGGCAUCUACUUGGCUGAAAACUACGAGAAAAUCACUGUGCCUGUGCCUCACUUCGGAGGCAGUGACCCUGCUGAUAUAAUCCAUGACUUCCACAGAGGGCUAACUGCCUACCAUGACAUCGCUCUGGACAAGUGCUACGUUAUAGAGCUCAACACCACCAUCGUGAUGCCUCCACGCAACCUUUGGGAGCUUCUAAUCAAUGUCAAGAAGGGAACAUACUUGCCUCAGACCUACAUCAUCCAUGAGGAGAUGGUCGUGACUGGCAAAGUGCACAACAUGCGUCAGCUGGGACCAUUUAUCUACCGCCUGUGCAAUGGGAAAGACACGUACCGCCUGAGCCGCCGUGUCACCCGUAGACGCAUCAACAAGCGCGAGACGAAGGACUGCCACCACAUCCGUCACUUUGAGAAUACAUUUGUGGUGGAGACGGUUAUCUGCGAUGAAGCGUAAACACGGCGGUCACCCGUGUCACCCCACCCACCCAAAAGGCACAUCUCCGUCACUACCCCAGCCACUGUAGCAUCCUCCUGUGGAUCUGAUCUUGUCUGAGUCGCACUUUACUUCUUUUAGUUUGUCUUUUUGUAAAAGGGUUUUUUUUAUGUAUUCCCUGCCUUCUUGAUGCGUUGUUGUUUUUAGUUUCUAUCUCCCGUAGGUGAUAUUUUCUCUGACAUGUGAUGCAAUACUAAGCUGCUGGUUUUAUCACGGGAUUUUCCUUGUAGCACAGUCUUUAAGCCAAUAAUGAACACAGUUUUAACGCCUCUGCUCCUCCUCUGGGGAUCUGUUGCUGUCGUUUAGGGAGAUGACUAUCUCCAUGUGUUGCCAAGUUGACUGUACUUGUGUAGUUUCUCCUGUACAGGAGGUGUCUCUUAGUAUCAGUCAUCUGUACAGAGCAUGAACUUCUUGAGCUAACCUUACUCUCAGAUUAAGUUUACCUUAUAUUCUUUUUAAUAUUAACUGCUAAUGGCUCAUUGCUUGCUUGCAUAUUUAUUCUCUUGCCUGCCUGUGGCAUCCUUGCAUCACUCCCUGCGUCUCUAAGUAGGUGUAAGAACAGGUUGCAUCAGGCAUUUGAUUGCACUCACAUGUUGGUAUCUUAUUGAAAUGAGUGAAGAUUGUAGUUACUUUUAAAGCCUCAUCAGCUUUUCUCUUUUUACUGUCAUGAGCUUUUUUACUCACUUUAAAUCAUUGCCUUUGUGAAUCCUUUUAAACAACAUCCUUGUUUCCCUUGCAUGUGUUAUCUAUAUGAGAAAAACGGCACUGUUAGAAUGUUUUGUAAAACUACGUUAAAGCCUUAGUCCAGACUAUGGAUUAAAGUCAAUGCUACUGUAAUGGUAGUGUAAAACAUGGUAUGUUAGUUAAACAAAACCAACUUUCAGCUGUAUAUUUUGUCUGCCAAUGAAAUCUGUCUGUGAAUAAAGUAGUGGAAAUAACUUA